AUGAGUGCAUCCGACUCAUGCGCCAACACAACAACAGCAGCGACUUCAAUAGCCACCGGUCUUGCAGCGUCCCAGCGAACGCUAUGGACAACAGUAACCGCAACUGCGGCCAGUGAUAUUCACAUCGAGCUUGACGAGGCAUACUGGGUCAAUGCCGUUGACUCAAUCACCAGCUACCGGAAAUACACAGUGACUGGUUAA